ACUGCAUACUCAGCGUCGCGCCAAACGCUGACAACGCCAUUUUGAAUAAAUUUGGUGAUUCGUGAAGGAACGCGUCGCUUAUUUUCACUUGUGACUCUAAAUUAAAAGGAAAAUGGGGAAAGAUAAAAAAACAGAAACAAGCGAAGCAUCGAGUGAAGAAGAAUAUGUUGUGGAAAAAGUAUUAAAUAAAAGGACUGUGAAGGGGAAGGUACAAUACCUACUGAAAUGGAAGGGCUACAAGGAGGAGGAGAGCACCUGGGAGCCGGAAGAGAAUCUCGACUGCGAAGAGCUGAUCAAGGCCUUCGAAGAUAGUCGCAAGGAGAAGGAAAAAGAGCAGAAGAGCAAAAAGACAGAAGAACGCGGUAAGAAACGACCGCGCGAGUCCAGCGAGGACUCCAGUGUGCGCAAGGGGCGAGCUACUAGCGUGUCAUCCGCUGAUGAUUCUAAGAAAGAGAAGAAAGAUGAUAAGGCCAAGUCCGGCUUUGAUAGGGGACUGAAAGCUGAGAAGAUUAUUGGCGCAUCGGACGCGACCGGUGAGCUGAUGUUCCUCAUCAAGUGGGCCGACUCCGACGAGGCUGAGCUUGUUCCCGCCAAGGUUGCUAACGUCAAGUGCCCACAACAGGUGAUCGCGUUCUACGAGGAGCGGCUGACGUGGCACAACCCGUCGGAGUCGGAAUGACUGACGGCCCGGGCCUGUUGAAGCCUCCAACAUGCCGAACUGUGUUGUGUGUCCUUAGUGAUAGUGGUAGUGCGGUGACAUGGUCAAGUUUUUAGUGUUAAAAUGACUUAUAUUAGUGAAUACUGUAAUGUGGAAGAUUAUGCUUCUAUAUGGUAAAUAUUAUUUUUAUGAUAUCUUUAAUUUAGUUGUAGCAAUUCUACUUAAAUCCUCAGUGGAUCUGUCUCAGUCAUGAAUAAAACUUUUUUUUUGUGCUUAUCGUUCAAUUAAUCUAUGGUCACCAAAGGUUGUAAAUUCUUUCGAUUUUAUUUAUAUGACUUCCUUACUUUAUAGAUGUGUAUCUGUUAAACUCCAGGCACAAACAUGUUUGUUGUGUUCCAUAAUGAAUUGAUAGGAUAGAAAAUUUAAAUGUGUUUGUCUAGAACAAAUAAUGAAAUUUUAAAUGUAUAUAUUUGUGGACGUAAUUCCAAUUACCACUUAAUACUAUUUUAGUUAGUUGUUGUAUUGUGUUGAUCUAUAAUAAUUUUAUAUAAAAUCCGUUUGUUUGAAUCUUGAGGAUAUUUUAAUUUAUUCUCUUUAAAAAAAUCUAAUAAAAGAGUUACUACUUUAGAAGUUUUGAAUUUUCUUUUAAAUAGAUUUUUAAUGUAUAAAAAUUUAACCAUGCCACCUGUGGAAGCUAUCCAGUAUCAACAUAUUAUGCUUAACACUUUAAUGUAUUUACCUUUAAGAUGAAAGGAGUUUUUCCACAAGUGUUAUUUGGAUAAUUCUGAGGAGUGUUGACUCAAGGAAUGAUACUUGUAUCAAUUAUUAUAAUAAAACAACAUUUAUUUUGAAAAA